CCCAAGUGUCGGAGAGAUGAUGUUUAGGCCUACUCGUUAAUUCACUGCAAAGAAAUGCAUAACGAAUAAGCCCCCCAUAUUCUAAGAUGGCUACUUCAGAGCAAAUGGAGACUCUGAAGAAGGAGGUACGAUCAGUGCUGCUCUCACAAACAGAUGGCAAAGGCAUCCCUCAACACAGGUUCAUCAAGCAUUAUAGGGAUUUGCUUAUGAAGCCGCUCAACUACAUAGCACUUGGUCAUCAGAACCUCGUCGAGUUGUUGGAGACCAUGCCAGAUGUAGCUCGGAUAGAAUACCAUCCAAAGACGAAUGAUGCAUAUUUUUUCGGGGUCCUUGACAAAACGUCCUAUGUCGGAGUUGGUGCUCGGAAAGCCAGUGGGUUAAAAUCUGGGGGUAGUUCAAGCAAGGAUGCUCGUUCUAAGGGAUCCGAUAACAAGGGAAGAUCACAAGAAAAUAGAGACAAAGGAGACAAAACUGUCCAAAAGUCAUCCUCUAAAAACAAAAUUGAUAUGAAGAGCGGUCUAAGUCCAAAUAUGAAGGGAAUGUGGGCGAUCUGCUUUCCAAAGAAAAAUUCGGGAGACAAGUCAAGAGAAGAUCUCCUUGAUGUGUUCGCCGAGGCGGGAGAAGUAGCAGAAAUAGGAAUGUCACAGAAUUAUGUGUUUAUUCGGUACUGGUCACGGGAGAGUGCAAGCAAUGCCAUUGAUAUCUUUGGUGAGGAGUACAGCGUUCUUAUUCCUGAGGAGAAAAGUGGGAGUCGUCAGUUCAACGAUACCAAAAACAAGGGGAAGCCCGACCAAAUGCAUGGAGACCAUAGCAACAAUAUUCCAGGCACUGGAAACGAACAAAAGUUGGGUACUGGUAACCCACAGGAAGACAAAACACCUGUAAAGGAGCAGAACUUGGGUCUUCUGGCUGGUUACUAUGGGGAAGGAACUGUGAAGACACCGCCACGUGAUAACAACAACAACAAGGAGAAGCGACACUUGGGGGAGAGAGACAAGUCCAGGAAUUCUUCUGGUAGUACAACUAGUUCUGGACUCCACAAUAGCAGGACGUUAUUCAUUGGGAAUCUGAGGGAAUCUGGGAAAACUAAGGAGGAUAUCGAGAAGAUGUUCAAGAAGUACCAGGUAGAACAAGUGAGGGUCAUUUCAGACAAAGGUUAUAGCUUCGCCAAAUUUGCAACAAGAGAAGGAGUUGAAAGAUGUAUGGAGGACAGAGCACUUUAUCUCCCACUUCGGUUUGAGUGGGCCAAAGAGGAAAGCCACUCAAAACCUGAUGUGCGGCCAUCUGCAGUUUUAGAUAACGUUAUUCGUGAUGCUGACUUCAAUGCUGAUCGGGCCAGAGAACGGGCGCAGCAUCUAGAGUUGGUGGCCACCAACCACCUAAAGCACAGAACAGUCGAAGAGGGUCAGAAACAAGAGGAGCAGAAAUGUGAAAGUAGACGAGAUGAUCAAAUAUUAAAAAAUAAGCAAGGAGGUAAAAACCUUGAGGGGAGACCGGAGGAGACGACCUCAAAAGGCAAAAAGGGUCAAGCUGAACACACACAAAAGAAGUCGCUACACUCGAAAAAUUAUAAAGGUUACAAGAGAAGAAAUAACUCUCACAUGAAUGGGCAUGUGCAAAACGGUGCAAGGUCUUGCAAUGAUAUGCCAGGACUUGAUGAUAGUGAUGAGAUGCCAGAGCUUGAGGAGGAAAUGCCAGAGUUGGGAACAGACUUUGAUGAUGGCCUUGCUUCACACAGUGAUUCGUUUUCUCUUGCUGGCAGCGGCAUUGAACGUGGUGUGACAGUGUAUGUCUCACAUUUCCCGUGGCAGACGACAGUGGAAAUGUUGAUGGCGCUUUUCCGCCCUUACCAGGCAAGAUCAGUCAGUAUUAAGAGACAUCCAGUGAUAACACAAGCGUUUGUUAAGAUCAGCAGUGCCAUUUCUGCCGAGCAAGCAGUGAGGGAAUUGAAUAACUCAUUCUUCUACGGUCAGCCCCUCCAUGUGGACAUCAGUAAGAAUGAAGUGGAGACAUUUGCUGCCUUACUGCAGGAGGAAAAGGAAGCCUACUCAAGUAGGGCCAUGACGGUCUGCGGUGGUAUGUCGGUGCUCUCUGGCGGCCGCAACAUGCCACUUCCAAAGGUGAUGCAAUAUGAAAGUAUGAUGGACAUGGCAGCUACCUGUGGAAGUCCGUAUUACAUCGAGGGAUUUCUACGGAACCGUUUUGACCUGUUGGUCACAUCAGUGGUGGAUAAAACAUACUUCUGGGGUCAUGUUCAGUACAUGGUGGAUGAGCUGAGAUUGUUUCAGAAGGUUAGAGAAGGACUUCAGAAGAUCCCGUUCAAGACUCCAGUUCCACCUACCUUUUCACGUGGUAUGGUACGGAAUGAGAAAGAAUGGCAUAGGGUCUGGAUAAUGGAGGACCUACCGAGUGACUUUGCCAGGAUUCUGUGCGUCGACUACGGCAGAGAAGAUGUGGUGAAACGAUCAGAUAUCUGCCAGGUGCCAGAGGUCUUUUGGAAGGUGCUACCAAUGGCUGUUCCAUUCUGUACGAUAUCUGGGAAAAUGCCAGUUCAAAACAUGGUGGUCAGUGCUACACUUGUCGAGAAAAAGGACUACGUCUUACAUGUGAAUUUACAAUAAUAUGACAAUAACCUCCGACAUCUAGAUCAAGAAUAACAGAUUAGUGCAUUUAUUUUGUAAAUAUGGAACCUGUGGCGACUUAGACUGGUCUUGCUUCUGAAUAAGGGUAGUGACGAGUACUGUCGUCUGCCUUUGUACUUUUACUGGGUAUACUGCCUUCCUGAAGUAAUGUUAUUGAAUCUCUUAGGUAAUUUUUAACAAGUGUUUGUUAUGCAUCGUGCUUUGUCUCUUCAAUUGAGUCAUUGUUAUGAAAUUUACAGGGCAAUGGGAAAGCUGGGUGCGAUCGCAGUUCUACUUCAAAUGUUAAGAAUAAGUAAGACUGCAGUGUUUAUUUAGUUCUUUGUAAAUACACGGACAUUCUUCCUUUUUUUUUAUACUAAGUUGUAAUGCCUUAGUUCUGUUCACCAGAAGAAAUAUCAAACUUUUGGUAAUAUAUGAAUAUAAUCAUAAUUACUUGUAUGCAUGUUGUCAACCCAAAAUAUUGGUGAACAUGUAUUGUACAAUAUUGUUACAAGAGUAUUGCAUUUAGUAUACAUGUUUAUUUGAACGACUGGAGACAAUUGCCUGUAUUUUAGCUCUUUUAGUGCCCAAUCAUUAACUAUCAUGUAAACAAUACUAUAGACAGGAGAAAACUUCUGUUUGAGACUGGAUGUUCAAAGGAGGGUAUACAUGUAUGUAUGCUCCUGACCACAUCAGAUGAUGAUCUAGAUCAUCGCAGGCUAUUUCUUGGUUAUAUGGUAAAGGCAGAAUAACUCAGCGAUGACAGUGAUGAUAAUGCACUGACUUUUAGUUGGUUUUAUAGUCCAAACCAGCUCAGAGUCGAUCCAUAAUCAUCAUUGAUGUAAACACUGAAGAAUACUGGUGAAAAGGUUAUGACUCUGGAAUGUCUCUAUUAUGACAUUUAGAGCUGAGGCCGUUUUGGUUUGAUUGAUCCCGAGUGGCCAGUUGCGGCCUGGAGUGAUUUUUGACUCCCACUGUAGUUUUGGUAUCAUGUAAGGUUUCUUUUAAUCUGAAGUCUGAAUAAAAUU